AUGGACCCAAACCCACGAGCAGCCCUGGAGCGCCAGCAGCUGCGUCUCAGGGAGCGGCAGAAAUUCUUCGAGGACAUUUUACAGCCAGAGACUGAGUUUGUUUUCCCCCUAUCUCAUCUGCAUCUGGAGUCUCAAAGACCCCCCAUAGGUAGCAUCUCGUCCAUGGAGGUGAACGUGGACACACUGGAGCAGGUGGAGCUUAUUGACCUCGCCGAUCAGGAUGGAGCAGAUGUGUUCUUGCCGUGCGAGGACUCUCUGCCAACUCCCCAGAUGUCUGGAGUGGAUAACCAUCCAGAGGAACUGAGCCUGCCGGUACCCACGCCAGACAGGACCUCAUCCCGAACUUCUUCCUUGUCCUCUGACUCGUCCAACCUGCGCAGUCCAAACCCAAGUGAUGGGGGAGCAGACACGCCCUUGGCACAGUCUGAUGAGGAGGAUGGGGAUGAUGGAGGGGCAGAGCCUGGACACUGCAGCUAGCACUGGGCCUCUUGAAGACUGACCGAUCUGCCUGUUCUCCUUAGAGAGGAGACUCCAGGCCCAGCAGAGCACUCUGGCGAAGACCUGACACUUUACUUGCCAUCAGCACCAAAGUGAGAAAGGAUGGGGGAUGGUGUACCUGAGAACUAGUCUUCCCCGCUUUCUGCUAACUUUCUCCCGCUGCAGCCUUCCCACCAGUGUCUUUCUGAGGUAGGACUUCCAAAUAAGAAACUGGAAGAUGAGGUAGGACAAGAUGCCAUUGCUUUCUUAGUACCCUUCCUGCCCCCAAAUGACCCUCUAGUCUUCUGCCAGAGUCUCCUAAGUCAGUGUCUGAGGGGAAGUUCUGAGGAGUUCCACUUGGCACUCUGUGAGGUUGUACUGCUGUAAUCCUGCCUCUUUAAGUCCUUUUUGGAACAGGACAUAGUAUAAAUAAUAAACUAUAAUAUACCA